UAAAGGUAGUAGCAGAUCCCGUGCGUGAAUUGAUGUUCGAUGGCAAAUAUAAGUUUCGAGAGUUUAGUUGGUUUGUUGCGUAUGGGUCACUGUCACCAAAACAUGGCACUUUUUGUCAAGCCUCAAGAGCCACAAAUGGACCCCAUACAAGCAUAAACAAAGUUGGAUGGAAAUCGGCGAGAUCCUAAUUGGUGGGCUUUGGCAUUCGUGUUGGGCAACUGCGUUCACUCAACAACCUCAGCCACCUCUGCAUUCGGCUUGGUUGGGCUCGUUGACUUUUUGAUCGGUGACACUACUGCUUAUGGUCAAUCCUUGUAUUUAGCCAGCCCUAGGGACACGACACUUCUGGAGUGAGUUGGUGACGUCCAUGGAAGCGUUCCCUGACCCUGAAAGCGCUGCCAAAGGUCUGAUGUGAAUUUUAGAGUGAGUUCCAGCCGGGUCUCUCUCUCUCUCCUUCAUCGCCGUCAUUCAGACUGGAAUCAUGUUUUGCCCUCCGACUUCCAUGAAACCUUACACUCAAUGCACCAUUAGUUGUCCUAAAAAUGUUGACCCCAGUCUACCUCGAUCUGUCCGGAUCCAAUAUUGGAAAGAUCAUCAAGAAACCGGUCACACGUGUAAUUGGCACUAUAACCAACGUCGACGUAUGCAAGAAAUCUUUCCGGAUGUGUUCCUCGGGCCGUUUGCCGCCGCUACUGCCAACCAGCUCUGCAAUCUUGUGGCACAAGAAAUCACUCACAUAGUCUGCGUCCGUGGUCCCAUGGAACGGAACGUCAUCAAACCCAGAUUGCCCGAUCGUUUUCAAUAUUUGGUCAUCGAUCUGGCCGAGUCCGAAUUCGAAUCCGUUUUGCCCUUGGUGUCGAAGCUACACACUUUCAUCAACGAAGCCAUGGCCCAAGGUGGGCGGGUUCUCAUUCACGGCAAUUGCGGAUCUUGCCGCUCUGCCGCCCUAGCAUGUGGAUAUCUUAUGCACGAGCUUCGUUGCACGGUUGAUGUUGCUUUUGCUUGCAUUUAUCGUCGUCGAUGUAACAUUGUCGCCUACGAACCAUUUAUGCAGCAACUGAAGGAAUUAGAGCCCAUCAUUCAAGCACAAGCACAACAAUCGUCUUCGAACUAUGACACAAUCGAAUACAAGCUACCCAUCGGUUUGGGUGAAUUGGUCCAGUCUAGCAAGAGGUCGAUUUCCACUUGGGACCUUUCUGAACAGGAACCCUCAAGCGUGAGGAGGAAGAUGAGGCGGAGUUCCAGUCCAAGCAUGGAAGAAAGUUGUCCAAUUGACAUGGAAUGAUGAAUGAAAGGCUGCACCAGAACAAGAUCAUUCCCCUCAAACCCUCGUAUUAUGUUUCAGUUUCUCGAUCAAUGAGUCUUCCAUCUGUUUUUGUCUGUGAUGCUCUCAAAGCAUAGAAUAAUCAUUUUCAAUAUUGCCAAUCGAAAAUUGCUAAAAUCAAAUGCCAAGUGAAACCUGAAAAUAUUGUCAUGCCAUAAGAAGGUUCAAAAUAAAGCCAAGCAGGAUAUGCUAUCUCGAUGA